AUGCCAUUUGUGCGGAGCGGCCAUGGUCUAGUUUUCAAAGAACCACUUGGAGUAGUUCUUGGAAUCGCCCCCUCGAACGCUCCCAUAAUUUUGGGCCUCCGUGCCGUUGUGGCUCCUAUCGCAGCUGGCAAUGUCGCAAUUUUGAAGAUGAGUAGCUCACUGUUUAGCAAAACACACGGAAACACCAUUGGCUGGAUAGAUCCCCAGACCCACUAUCUCCUCGCCUCGCUCUUCCGGAAAGCUGGCUUUCCCCCGGGCGUCCUAAACUUCUUAUUACAUCGACCCGAAGAUGCGUCCGAGAUCUUCAAUACACUCAUUAACCAUUCCGCUGUGAAGAAAUGCAAUUUCACCGGAUCCGCCCAUGUCGGGCGUAUAAUUGCCUCGCAAGCCGCCUUGGCUCUAAAGCCAAUAUUGUUAGAGCUCGGUGGCAAGAACUUCACAGUAGUCCUUGAUGACGCGGAUUUAGAUCUUGCAGCCGAAGAAAUCACUAGAGGUGCCUUCCUCAAUAACGGUCAGAUUUGCAUGUCAACCGACAAGGUCCUGGUUACCGCAACCGUGGCCCCAGUUCUCGAAGCUAAGAUUCUGGCUAUGUUGGACAGCAUCAGAAGCAUGCCGGUACUCAUCUCCACGGCAGCCAAGGCUAAGGUAGAGAUGCUCGUGUCUGAUGCGCGUGACGAGGGGGCUCGGAUUCAUACGCCCGCAAUAGUCAAUCACAACGACACGUCAGAUCGAAGCUUCCCUCCUACGGUGGUAACGGGUCUAACGCCCCAAAUGAAGCAGUUUGAGAUCGAGUCAUUCGGUCCAAUGGUGGGAAUUAUGGUCGUGGAAACAGAAGUGCAGAUUAAAUCGAUGAUAAAGGAGGCUAAGUAUGGACUGUCAGGCUCGAUUAUCUCCCGGAAUAUUUGCCGUUCCCUUGAGCUAGCCCAGUCGAUCAAGGCAGGUGCAGUUCACAUAAACUCUAUGACCUUGCAUGGCGAGCCGACCCUGCCUUACGGAGGGUAUGGCGAUAGUGGUUGGGGCCGAUUUGGCGCUCACUUGGGGAUGGAGGAGUUUGUCCAAACGAAAGUAGUCACCCUGCAUCCGUAG